UUGCUUAACCUUCCUUCAAACAACAAACAUGGCGGCAUUUGUGGAACUGGAACUGUUACAGCUUUCACCUUUCGUCAUUUUUGCGGCUUUACUUGUGAUUUCUUUAUUAACACUCAAUUCGUUGCUUACGAAGAACGUGAAAUACCCUCCAAUCAUCAAAGGCUGGAUUCCCUGGCUGGGGUGUGCGAUCGAGUUUGGAAAAGCACCCUUAACUUUCAUCAAAGAAACCAGCGAAAAGCAUGGGAAGGUCUUCACAUUUUACGCUGUUGGCCAAAGAAUGACUUUUUUGACUGAUGUCCGUGAUUUCCACCUAUUUUUUAACUCUCCUCAAGCAGACUUUCAACGAGCCGUCGAAGAUGCUGUGAAGAACACAGCGGGAAUAAACAAGGAGGAUUUCUUUGCUAAUCAUCGUAAAAUUCAUGACCUAGUCAAGGGAAGGCUAUCAUCUUCAAACUUGAGCAAAUUAACUCCAAAUGUCGGUCGGAAACUAGAAGAAUAUGUAAGGAAUGCGAGAAUUUCUGGCUCUGAAGUUGAUUUGAUGACUUUGGCACGUGAUGUUGUGUUCACUGCAGUUGUACCUAUCCUGUUUGGUGAGGGAAUUCUUCCUCAAACUCAUCAAGAAUUAAAACACUUUCAGAAACAAUUUGUUCAGUUUGAUGAUAGUUUUGAGCAUGGUGCUAAGCUACCAGAUUUUCUGUUGAAAGAGUGGGCAAAAUCUAAAUACUUUUUUUUGGAUGUGUUUGGCAAAGCUCUGCAAAAGAAGACUCAUGCAAAUAUGGAUGACACAUUGCUUCAAGCCAUGGUUAAAUCACUGGAAGGCGACUGUGCACCAAAUUAUGCAACUCUGCUGCUCUGGGCAUCCCUUGCAAAUGCAGUGCCAAUCACUUUUUGGACUUUGGCCUUUGUACUGAGUGAUCAGGCAAUCAAAAAGGAUCUUCAGCAAGAGGUUGAUCAAGUACUGGGUCCAUAUAUUGACAGUGGGUCGUUGGCAGGACUUUCUCUGGAGGAAGUUAAGAAAUUGCACAAGGUGGAGCACUGUAUUUUGGAAGCCAUUCGCCUGCGUCCAGCAGGAAUGAUUGCUCGCAAACUUACAGGACCUAUGCAAGUUCGAGAUCUUACAAUUCCAGCGGGUGACAUGCUUAUGAUCUCACCUUAUUGGGCGCAUCAAGACGAGACCAUCUUUCCUGACGCAAAAUCCUACGUUCCAGACCGCUGGAAUCAGACUGUAGGCUCAGAUAAAUCCGCCCCAUCUGACAAAUUCUUUGCGUUUGGAGGCGGUCGCUUUCAGUGCCCAGGCCGACGGUUUGCUAUGAUGGAGAUACAAAUGUUUGUCUCAGUUCUUCUUUGUAGUUUUGACUUGGAGUUGGUGAAGGAAGAGGUUCCUUUACCGUCUCCGCAACAUGUCGUGGGCGUUCCGCACCCUUUAUCGCCAUGUUUCGUGAAGAUGCACAAGAGAGUCAGAAUUAUUUGAAUUUAUGGACAGUUGGUAGCCAUAGGAAAGAAAUAAAACUUUUUCUAUUAUUUCAGGCACAAGUUCUCGGUUUUGUGUGCUCCAAUUGACGCCGAUUUAUAACGGCUGACAACUCUUAUAAACUCUUUAUAACUUCUUUAACGUCUUUUAUAAACUCUUUAUAACGUGUUUGUAUCUAAUCACCUCGUUCCACACCCAGUGCGAGACUCUUAAAGUGUGGCGCGCGUGCUAUUUGUCCCUCGAUCACCAAGUUAUCGAAUCUCUCUAUUCGCACUGGCAAUUUUCCUAAAAUAUGGAAAUGCUCGAAAGUGGCUGCCCUUUUCAAAACUGGAGAUAGGACAGAUGCGUCAAACUAUUGCCCAAUUUCUAUUCUGCCAACGAUGAGCAAAAUACUGGAAAAAGUUGUCCACUUCCAAUUCUAUGACUUUCUAAAUUCAAAUAACCUCAUUUCAAACAAACAAUUUGGCUUCCGUUCCAAACUGUCUACAACAUCAGCUCUCACCAGUUUUGCAGAUGAGGUCCUAUUGCAUAUGGAGAUUGGAGAACUGUGCGGUGCAGUGUUCUUAGAUUUGACCAAGGCAUUCGCCUUGAACGCUACAGUGGUUAAGUCCUACCUGAGUCAUCUUAAACAGCGGAUUGCCUGUAGUGAUGCUAUGUUUGACCCUCUCCCGAUGACCUUUGGGGUGCCACAGGGGAGUAUU